AUGAAAUGGUUUAUUUUUGGACUGGCGAUUCUUUUUCAGACCAGCGUUUUCGCUGAUCGGAAAGUGGCGAAAAGGUGGGCCAGGAACUCGGCUCUUGAAUGUGAUAUAUUGACGGUCUCGGAGAUAAAGAAGAAAAAGAAGGCGAAAGUGAAUUUGGACGAAAUUUAUAAUGGGUCGUAUUAUUUGAACAUGAACUCUGGACAUUCCGGGUUAUUUUGGGAACGAAGCGCUGAGAAUAUAAAAGGCCAGUUGCUGGAAUUAUUCAUCACGCGAGGACGUGUGAGAGUCGGGGAUAAAAAUCGAAAACUGCGGCCAGCCUGGUUGAUUGGAUACAAGCAGCCGGGAACGGGCCACUUCGUCCUCCGAUUUUUCGCCUUUGGAAGUUUGAAUUGUCGAGCAGCCCAUCGCCUCAUUCACUGGAAUCAGAUCAAGCACUUGACGGCGUACAGCAAUCUAAGGAAGAUUCAGAUCCGAAAGAACAACUUUCGACAUGCGAUCUUUCAACUAAGCAAUUUGGACAGCUCCCUGCUUUAG